GAAUUCAGAAAAGACGGGUCUAGGCGAUAGGAAAGACGUGGAAGACGCAUGCGCGUAAUAUCAUAGGUUGAUAUUAAAUUCGCGAUUCAACAAUCGCUCUUCUUAUGAGUCACCUAAAGAACAUAAUCUGGAAUAGCAACUUUCAGAACCCCAGGGUGCAUGCGAGCUAAUGAACGUAAAAGUGAUUGUAUAUACUCUCGGUGUCAGAAAUUAAAUUGAAUGAAACUAUUUGUCACUUUUAUAAUUUUUUUUUAAGUUAUAAAUUCGAAUGAAUAUUAAUUAAGAAAGGAAAUAAUCACACACUCGGAGCUAAAACUUAACUCCCCAUUGUGUCAAAUCAUUUUGCUUACAGAGCAACACAUGCAAGGGCGGGCUGUUAUUGUUUGCGUUUAGAAGCUAGACAAAAGCUUGCGGAGAAGUGUCUAAUGGCUAACUUGAGCGCAGACCUUCACAAUAGGGCUGACAAAAGGGGGUACCUUCAACUUUGCCCUGGUUGCGUGCGCGUUGCCGAAUUCACCCAUGGCCAUCGUAAAGCGUUUGAGUUAAAAGAGCUUGGCAUAGAUGCUUUAGGUCAUGAAACAAGAAAACUUUCUUUCCUCUCCCCCCUUUUUUUUGCUUUGGCAAGACUAGUGAAUAACCCCAGCGGUUAAUUUAAUAACCGAAAAGACUCACAAAAGUCUUUAUUAUCACGCGGAGUUCUGAAAAAAAGUCACAAAAAGAUACAUUGUUGAUGCAGAUUGCAUACCGCGUGGUAAAUGGAAACAAACCCUUUUUCAAAAGGAAUGCAUUGUUUGGCCUAAUAGGGAAGACAAGGGCUGGUGAAGCGAAUCUAAAAGGUGAUAAAUAUCUGUCAGAAUUGGCUCGUUUUGUUUGCCAUCGCCCGAGGUGAGGUUACGCGCACUUAAAAUGAACAAAGUAGAAACUAUGCAAGCACAAGUUGGUUCUAAGCAAGAACUAAAUCCUUUGCAAUUACGGCCGUCUAGUUCUACCAAGAAUCUCUGGUUAGAUUUGUAAUAUUUUCAGUUAAAAGCGCUUCUGGAUUCAAAAACAAUUAAGUGCGUGCGGCUGCGGUAUUUCAACAAGUCACUGCUUUUAUAGUCUGCUGCGUUUGUCGUCGAGAUGCAGAUUUGUCCUUGAAGUUUAUCACCAUGUCGAUUUCUUCAACUCUACACACCGCUCUGCUCACAAACAUUUCAACCGAAACACUUCGAAAAGUUACCGCAUCUCCAACGCCAAUCCCGAUAGACGUCAAGUAUCUCACAACUUACGAAGUCGUUAUAAGUUUAUUUUACUACAGCUGCAUUUUCAUCGCAAUUGUAUUCGGUAAUGCUCUGGUUAUUUCAGCCUUCGAGAAGAACUGGCGACUUCAGACCGCCACAAAUACAUUUAUAGUGGGAUUGGCCGUAGCGGAUUUUAUGGUGGGCCUCAUAUCGAUCCCUGCCUGGUUAUACGUGUAUAGCUGCCAUUACUUCGAUGCCACACUUCAUCCAGUUGGUUACGAACUGUACAUAACGUUCGAUAUCUUCAUUGGAUGCGCCUCGAUCUUUCAACUCACUGCCAUCAGCUUAGAGAGGUGCAUAGCCAUAGUUUGGCCGAUCAGGCACCGAGGAAUCCACGAAGGCGUUUUCCGAACGAUGAUCUUUGUCGCGUGGGUUUGCUCGGCUUUUGUGGCUGGACUAUAUCCCAUACAACUCAAGCACUGGGAGCAGGGAUAUUCAGCAUUCAUCUUUGCCUUGUGCUUUGUUGUGCCGUUUAUCGUCAUGUUUGGAGUGUAUGUACUAAUCUACGACACAGCUGGUCGGUCGCGGACCAGAGUGUACCCCGAGCUGGCAGCUGCUACGAUACACAGAGAAAUUCGCGUUGCGGGUACCGUGGCUCUAGUCACGGGAGUCUUCAUGAUCGCAUGGUUCCCAUUUUUUGUCGUGACUGUGGUAGCCACGUACGAUUUGGAGAUCCUACCCGAACCUCCUGGACUCUUCCGGUUAAUUGCGUUCGUCAAAGCGCUGCACUACACGAACUCAGCACUCAACCCUGUGAUGUACGGCUACCGGAACCCGGAGAUGAGGAAAUCUAUGCGUGCUGUGGCGCUCAGAUGCUGUCCGCUAAUCGCGCAGUUCACGACGACGAGGCCAUCUGGCUUGCAAGCGAGAUUGAACCCUAAUAACGGAACGCAAGGCUUCUUGCCCGGUACCUCGUUAGCGCUAGCUGUGCCAAGCCUGUUUGAAAGACGAAGCACUCCCAGCAGUGGUGCUUUGACGGUUGUUGCUUAUGUCAAUCGAGAUGAAGAGGUAGAGUCAAGACCAGCAAGUUUGCGUGAAUCUCUAGCUGAGCACUGAAUGGUGGAAUCAUUUACGAUGCGGAUUUCAGACUUAAAGAUCUUUGUCAUUGCGUUAAAUAUAACAGACAUACUGAGUUCCCCAAAAGAGACGAAAAGGUAGAUUAAAAGGAAAUGCAAAAAGACUUGAUAUUACUGAUGUAGAUUUCGUGAAUUUAUUAUCCAGCGGCAUAAAUUAAUCAUUGUACAAAAGGUAAACUGAUUUAGUAGCUGCAUUUGGCAUAAACGUUCCAAUAUAUGUACAUGCAAUUCGAAAUUCGUCCACAGACAAAAAAUUAAAGUCAAAAUCCAACAAAUUGUUGAAGGAGGUAAAAUUUAUGCAACAAUACCUCACACUAGAAAGUUUUGAAAGAUAAUUGUGAUAAUACUUAGCUUAGCUUGUUGCAGUAUAAACAUUAUGUCGCAGACUUGUCGCUGUAUAUAAUAAAUACGUUAAUAAAUGGUCGCUCGCCGACCUACGCUAACCUCGUUCCCAUGGCAUUUGCCGUGAAAUUUGGCCCCUACAUUCGUACAGAAAUAAAGUCAUUGACAGCGCUAUUCUUGCUCUAUGUUUUGAUAUAUAAAAUAAUAUAGAAAUCAUUUCUUGUCAACCUGAAUCAGAUUGGAUUUGCGAUUUUGCUAAAUGUGGCUAUGAUAACUGAAUUUGUGUGCUCCACACACUUUGUAGAGAAAACCAGCACCCCCACACACUACGAGGCAUCAAAGAGCCUAAGGGGUCAGGCAGAGAUGGGAAACGAGAGAAGUUUGAGAUUGUGUUAAAACUACUAUUUACUACUAGCCACAGGGAAAGACAAGAAGGGCUAAAACUGAAUAUUGAUUAGAUUAUAGCUGUCAAGAUUGAGCCUAACAUCCCAAGGGUUAAGUGACUGACUCAGUUUGAUUGUGUGUCUGUUGGUGUUAGAGGAACAAAACAACCUAAGUCUACGGGUCAGCG